CUCACCUCAUUCUUUCAAAUAUGGAAACCAUCCAUCUUUUAUUAUCAUUUUCUCUCAAUUUUCUCACUUUUUUCCAUAAAAUCUAGCUAUUAAUAAUCAUUAUUAUCAACAAUUAAAAAAGGGUUUUUACUCAUUUAUUUUGGGAAAAUUUUCCAAUUUUUUUGGAAAGAACUUAUACAAGUAAUAUAAUAUAGCUAGUAUAAUUUAAGCAUUUUACUAGUUGGAAAAUAUAUAAUUAAGGAAAAUAAUUAGAUAAUUAAGAGAAAAAAUGGGAAGAGGAAAAGUUGAGUUAAAGAGGAUAGAAAACAAGAUUAGUAGACAAGUAACAUUUUCUAAGAGAAGAUCUGGUUUGCUUAAGAAAGCUAAUGAGAUUUCUGUUCUUUGUGAUGCUCAAGUUGCUUUGAUUGUUUUCUCUACUAAAGGGAAACUCACUGACUAUUCUAGCACCCAUUCCAGCAGCAUGGAACGAAUCCUAGAAAGGUAUGAGAGGUACUGUUGUGCGGAGAGACAGCUUGUUGCAACUGAUUCAGAGUCCCAACAAGAGGUAAGUUGGGCUAUUGAACACCCAAAGCUCGUUGCGAAACUUGAAGUAUUACAAAGGAACAUGAGGCACUACGUAGGAGAAGAUGUUGAUACUUUGAACACCAGAGAACUUCAACUUUUGGAGCAACAACUUGAUGCAGCUCAAAAGCGAAUAAGAAGCAAGAAGAAUCAGCUGAUGCAUGAAUCCAUAUCCCAGCUCCAGAAAAAUGAAAAAGCUAUGCUGGAGCAAAACAACAAACUAGUCAAAAUGAUGAAGGAGACCAACAAAAAAAAUAAGGGAGCAGCAAAACCCUAUUCCAGACUUUCUGCUUUCUGCACCACCAAAUCCAUUUCCUCCUCUCUCAAUAUUAGGAGGUGCUUAUCAGGAGAAAGUAUUACAAAGAUCAGAACAGGCAAAUCUUCAAGCUGAGGUUCAACCAAAAACAAACAGCAAUGUUCCUCCAUGGAUGUUUACUCAAAUUGGUGAAUAAUCAAUUAGGUUAAAUGAUUAGUAAUUUCAAUUAAUUAUAUGAUAAUUAUAAUUAUAAUUAUUGAGUAUGGAGUAUAUUUUGUACUAAUAUGUAAAUUAUAAUUCGGCAGCCAAAAGAAAAUAACCUCAUGAACCAUGCUCAAUGCAUUAUGUACUUGUAUAUUUUAGUAAAAUUUAUGGCUAGCUUUAAAAGUAUAUAUUUGAUAUAUUAAUUAAUUUAUGUACUUUCUUUAGUUUUGAUUGUCUUUAGAGUUACUCUAGUAAUUACUGUUCAUCUAUUCAUCAUAUUUGGCAUAUAAAUCUCUAUAUGUAAUGUAAAAUGUGAUCAAAUGAGCUCUUAUUUAAUUCAUCUUAAUGCAUAUUUUAAAAUUUUUAAUCAUUUGAAAUUAAAAUUAUA